UCAUAUGGGACGCUGGGCCCGGUUCCCAGCACGUGCUGCUCCCCACGAAUAGACUGAAGCUUCUUUCUGUCAAAAAAAAAAAAAAAAAAAAAAAAACUUCAACAAGUUGUAUGAGCUAUUGGCUGACCAGGUAGAGGAACGAGAUGCAAAGAAAAAGGAGGCGUUGCUGGCCCAAAAGGUCGAGGAAGAUAAAGCCAGAUUGGUCGCAGAGCAGAGGGAGAAAGAGAAGCACGAGAUGGUCAUGGGCCGUCUCGUGAGGGAAAAUAUGAAGAUUGUAUGUGAGAAAGCGUUAGGGAAGAAGGUUGAUUGGCCAGAGGAGGGUGAUUCUGAGGUUUCACGAUUGAGAAGGGAGCUGGAAGAACUCAAAUCCCUCCACUCUGAUUGUGACAACAGUAGCGAGUUAGAGAGAUUGAAGAAGGAGCGAGAUGAUCUGUUACGAAAGCAAGAAGAGGAAAGGCUGAGGAAACAAGUGGAGGGGCUACGGAAAGGGAAGAUCCAAACGAGCUCCAGCGAGGCGCCAAGUACGACAGAGCGACAGGAGAUUGCAUCACUCAAGCACCAGAUCGAAGAUCUGAAGGCGAUCCAUUAUGUGCUCGAGGAGAAGAACAACGAGGUAGCUACACUGCGGGCUGAGAAUUCGCAUCUGCGUUCAGAAUCCAGAAACCUUAAAGAUGAGGUGUGUGUCCUAAAUAAGCGAUCAGCUGAAGCAGUGACAGAGAAGAGGCCCCCAGAAGAAUUGGCGAAAGGCAAGACGAAGGUAGCUGAUAAUUUUACCACCAUGUACACCCCGAAGGAUAUGGAGACACUUCGCAAGGCUUAUAAAGAUGCACUCGUCAGCAAGCAGUGGGCACAGGAGGAGGUUUGUAUGCUCAAGGAAAGAUAUGGUAGGAAGAUGGCUGGAGCCUGGAAGACUGAAGCGUGUGUCCUCAACAAGGAAGACGACACCACGUAACUUGAAGGCAAGCCUGAAAAAGGUAGCUAUGGAGGAAGUCGAUACAGACAGAGAAGAAUCGGAGCCGGAAGAAGAGGUGAUGCCGCUUACUAGGAAACCGACCUCUACCUUUCCUGCGAAGAAAGGAGAUCGGUAUAAGAAGGUGUUGGCUGCCAAAAAUGAGGAGCUCAAACCUCUGAAGAAGGUAGGCAUUACGACGAUGUGCGAAGAUGCAGGAAUAACUUCCCUUUCGCUGCAACAAGCCAAGACGGAUCUGGCCGAAAUCCACACGCACAUCGAGCUGGGUAUAAUGGAAAAACCCAACCUC